AUGAAGCUUUUUGGAGUGUUUCUUAUAAUGGUUAAAGCUAUGGCUUCCCAUAACUAUGGAGAUGCCUUAACCAAAAGCCUAUUGUUCUUUGAAGGUCAGAGGUCUGGGAAAUUGCCCCCUAAUCAAAGGGUCACUUGGAGGAAGGAUUCAGCUCUUCAUGAUGGCCUUGAAUUUGGGGUUGACUUGGUCGGUGGCUACUACGACGCGGGCGACAACGUGAAGUUCAACUUUCCGAUGGCGUUCACCACCACCAUGCUAUCAUGGAGCGUUUUGGAGUUCGGAAAAGACAUGGGUCCCGACCUUCCCUACGCCAUCGACUCGAUCCGAUGGGCCACUGACUACUUACUCAAGGCCACAAGCGUGCCAGGCUUUGUCUUCGCUCAAGUUGGCGACCCUUACGCCGAUCAUGUCUGCUGGGAACGUCCCGAAGAUAUGGAUACACCAAGAACCCCUUACGCCGUUAGCAAGAAGUUCCCCGGCUCCGAGGUCUCCGCCGAGAUUGCCGCUGCUCUCGCUGCCUCCUCCAUCAUAUUCAAGGCUCUCGAUAGAGGGUAUUCUGCUCGGCUUCUUAAAAGAGCUCGAAUGGUUUUCGAGUUUGCAGAUACUUAUCGAGGGUCUUACAACGAGAGUGUCGGGGCAUGGGUUUGCCCAUUCUAUUGCAGCUAUAGUGGCUAUGAGGAUGAACUCAUAUGGGGAGCUGCAUGGUUGUUCAAGGCAACAAAGGCUGCAAAUUACUGGAAUUAUAUCACCAAAAAUGGUAUUCAAUCUUAUUCUGAUGGUAGCUUUGCUGAGUUUGGAUGGGACACCAAACAUGCAGGGAUUAAUGUCCUUAUUUCCAAGUUUAUGAUGAGCGGAAAUAAUUAUUCCAACUUUAUUAAUUAUGCUGAUAAGUUGGUAUGCUCAGUUCUGCCUGAAUCCCCCUCUGUAUCAGUCUCUUACUCACCAGGUGGGCUUCUAUUCAAACCGGGAGGAAGUAAUAUGCAACAUUCAACAGCCUUAUCUUUUCUUCUUCUUCUUUAUUCUCGUUACUUGAAUCAAUCCAAACGCCUCCUUCACUGUGGAAACGUUGUUGCAUCUUCGUCUCGCCUCGUUCAAGUUGCCAAGGGUCAGGUGGAUUAUAUACUAGGAAGCAACCCAUUGGGCAUGUCAUAUAUGGUGGGAUAUGGCAGCAAGUUCCCACAACGGAUCCACCACCGUGCCUCGUCGCUGCCAUCCAUGGCGGACCAUCCACAGCGCAUUGCAUGCUCAAACGGGCAUCCAUAUUUUGAGAGCAACAAUCCAAACCCUAAUUUGCUGAUCGGAGCUGUCGUCGGAGGGCCUGAUAACAAAGAUUCUUAUGAAGAUUCUCGAGUUGAUUUUGUGCAUUCAGAGCCAACUACUUAUAUUAAUGCUCCUCUUGUUGGCCUCUUGGCUUACUUCAAAUCUCAUCCUUCAUAGAACUUGGCCUCUCCCCUUUUGUUAGGCUUCAAACAAUUGCUCCAAAUCAUUGUAAAUUUGAUGUUUUAGUACUUUAUAUCUCUUUGUUCUAUUCUUAUAACAUUGGAAA